UUUACCGGAGGCGGGGCUGGCGCGGGCAGCGGAUUGCCCAGCGGGCCCAGACCAGGAAGGAGCAGACGCUUUGGCGCAGGGCGUGCGGGGGUCUCCCGAGGAUGCGGACAGUGGCCUGCGGCCUUGCUUUUCGGGGACGGAGGCUUUGGGCUGGACGGGCGUCGCUCUGAGGUCAGGAAGUCGCCGACCUCUCCCUGUACGCGGCCCCGCUCACCCGCGCACCAUCCUCUUUGGGGUCGGACGCCUCGGCCCAGCCCAGACCUAACCCGUCGUCACCCCCGACAGCGGGGACUAGGGGGACGCUGCAGCCACCUCCGGGGUUCUCCACCCAGGAUGACUUCUAGAUCAGAGAUUGUAAAAGUGCUAGAAGAGGAACCAGUGGCAUCUAAGACUCAUGAUCAUCAGUUGGAAUCAGAUCCCAACCCUGCAGAAGCGUGUGGUAAUUCGUCCACCUCCCUGGAGAUGACUGAAGGCGUUUCAAAGGAACAGAUUCACCUUGGCUCUAGCCCUAAAAAAGGGGAAAGUUGUGAUCUCAGCCACCAGGAAGGACUUCAAUCCAGGUCCCUUCAUUUGUCCCCCCAAGAACAGUGUGCCCGUCAUCAAGACAGGAGGCAAUCCUGGCGGCGAGCAAGUAUGAAAGAAACGAACCGGCGGAAGUCACUGCCUCCCUUUCAUCAGGGCAUCACAGAGCUCUGCAGAUCCAUCAGUGUUAACAUAGCAGAAAGCAAACGGCUGGGCUGUCUCCUGCUUUCCAGUUUCCAGUUCUCUGUUCAGAAACUUGAACCUUUCCUAAGGGGCACUGAGGGCUUCAGUCUUGAAAGUUUUAGAGCCAAAGCAUCUUCUCUUUCUGAAGAAUUGAAACAUUUUGCAGACAGACUGGAAAGUGAUGGAACUCUACAAAAAUGUUUUGAAGAUUCAGAAGGAAGAGCACCAGAUUUGUCUCUGGAAACAUCAGUGGCUGAGAUGAAGGAAUAUAUAACAAAGUUUUCUUUAGAACGUCAGAGUUGGGAUCAGCUCUUGCUGCGCUACCAGGAGGAGGCUGAAGAGACCAUAUCCAGAGGAUCAACUGAAACCAAAAAUACUGAAGUUGAAGUGGAACCUGCAACAUAUCUUGGGUCUUCCCAGAGUGAAGUCCUUAAUACAAAGCCUGACUACCAGAAAAUAUUACAGAACCAGAAUAAAGUCUUUGAUUGUAUGGAGUUGGUGAUGGACGAACUGCAGGGAUCCAUGAAGCAGCUGCACGCCUUCAUGGAGGAAAGUACCCAGUGCCUCCAGAAGGUGUCAGUACAGCUCGGGAAGAGAAGCACGCAACAAUUAGAUCCUUCACCAGCUCGAAAACUGCUCAAGCUUCAGCUACGGAAGCAACCUAGCACACGUUGCUCUAAAUCUUGUCAGUGACCUUAUGCAGCUUUUCUGCCACAGGAUGCUCCAGAGGAGAGAAACAGGAAGAGUGCCCCAGUGCACGGCAACUGCACAACGGGCUAAGCUGUGACAUCUGCCCUGUUGCCUUUGAAGAUAACUGGCUGACUAUGAAGCACUUCGAUUUUUUUCUUAAAAUGAUGGAAUUUAUGCAUCUGAAAGAUGUCAUAUAGAAACUUUUUCCAAGAAUGUGCAAAAUGCUUGAGAAUUCUGCUUUGGAAUGACCUUCAGAACUAGUGGCCCAUUCUUUUAAAUAUCCUUUGUGAUCAGAAACCUUCCUCUUGUGAAGAUGUUUUUCAGGUUUUGAAACAACACAAAGUCAUUCAGGGCCAAAUCCAUUAAACAUUUUAGGGGUUGUUCUGGUUGUAAA